CAUAACGGCAUUUCACUUUACGGCAUAUUGGGCCUUCCGGUUAUAUGUUGCAAAAAGCUUUUUACGCUAGGUGCUAGCAUACAAAUUUGUACGAGGGUGUACCGUCAUUUGCUCAGAAACAAUGGGAAUAGAGGACGAAACUGACCGAACGCUCUUCAUAAGGAAUUUAGACACACGGGUGACGGAGGAGCUUCUGUUCGAGCUGUUUUUACAGGCAGGACCUCUCAUCCGAACUAAAAUUCCGAAAGACGGUGAUGGGAAACAGAAAACGUUUGGUUUUGCCGUAUACAAACAUGAAGUGUCCGUGCCUUACGCCAUGCAACUGCUCAACGGGAUGUCGCUGUAUGGGAGAUCUAUCCAUGUGCAGUUCAGAUCGGGCAGCAGUCAUGGCAGCAGUCCAGGGAACUCACAGAAUUCAAGUCCUGCAAAUACCCCAAAUCCCCAUGGCCACAGGACUCCAGCUCAGUUCAGUUCCCCACCCUACACUCCUCAACCCCAAAUGCACAGGUCCUACUCAUCCCCCGAUAACCUGCAGAAAAAUGCUAUGAACAACGCCAUGUGGGUCAACAUGCAGCAGCUUGAGCAGUUAAAUGGCGGUUUCUCCAAGCCUCUGCAGCCGCUGUCUGCUGGUGGACAUUCAGGUGGAGGCGGCUCAAGGCAACACGACAGCACCCCCUAUCGGCAUCAUCCGUCCCAGAUGGGUGGCGGCGGCCGAAACCAGCGCUACGGGGACGAGUCGGGUUCAGGCCGUCACCAGCAGCAUGGCCACAGGGAUGGCUACCACCACCAGAAUGACAGGAGUGGCAACCGUCACCACGACAACAGAGGCGGCAACAGACCAUACGACGACAGGGGUAGCAGUCGCGGCUACCAAGAUAACAGAUGGCGACGCUACUGAGGCAUGUAAAGGAUUUCUGUAAAGACUUCAGUUCUUCACAAAUUUGCGGACAGUUUUCUAAAGAUUGUGAAUUAUGUUGACAAAAUUAUUGUGUAUACUCAGGUUGUUUGUACAUGAUCCUACCAGUUUGAAGAUUUAAUAACUCAUGCCUUAGAGACACUUUUUUUGUUUACUUUUAAGGCAUUUUUAAAUUUGUACACUUCUUCAUGUGAGUUUUUCCUCACAUAAUACAGCAAAUACUGAGAUUGUAUCGUCACAAGAGCAAGGACAACAACCAAGACUUAGUCGUCGUUUUGGGAAGACAAGACAAAAAAUCAUGUAUUUAAAAGAAAAAAAAAAGUUAGGAUAUUGGUGGGUUUUUAUGUUAUGCAAAUAAUAUUUAAAUGGUGCUCCCGGAAUUUUAGAAAUUCUUCAGGUACUUUGCAAAAAAGGAAAAAAACUGUUUUCAUCUGAAGAUUCCACCAGCGACAUUUUUACUGCAACAGGGCACCAAACUUUAUUAUCGUCAGAUCUGCUGACUUUGCUCUUUCCACAAAAAAAAAAAUUGGCUUUGUUUUAUUUUUAUUUUUUUAUCCUGAUCUGUAAGACAAAGUGUUUUAAACCGAACAUUUCCAUGAUUAUAAAGCUCAUUUACUUUGAA